CAAAAUAUUAAAAAAUUCGAUGACAUUAAACUUGAUAAUACUAUAAAAGAAUACUUAACUACGCCUAUUAAAUUAAAAGAAUUCAUCAGGUUCACUGCUUCAUCGCAAAAAACAAACUCAUCAGAAAUUACAAUCACUAGUUCCUCUCGUGCUGCAAUACUAACAACAAUUCCUACAGAAGAAAUUCAGAGUAAUGCAACAGCUCAACAACAAAUGGCUAGUUCUAAAGAGGCUGCUGAAAAAAAAGUUAAAAAGCUGGAACAAAUAUAUAAUAUUACUACUGAUUCACAGCUUUUACAUGAUUUAUACAAUAGAAUUAACAAUCUAAAAACUGAUAUUCAAUCAUAUGAGAAAAGAAUACAAAAGUUAAAAAGAAAUGCAGAGUAUCAGUCUAAAUAUCAUUCUAAAAAAACCAAAGCAAUAAUAGAACAACAAGAAGUUGUUUGA